GGCUGAUGUGAUGCAAUGUGACCGGCAGCAGGAGCCCGCACUCUGUAUAAAGUCCGCGUUGCUGGACGAGAGCCGAGGACAGAACGGGGGAGCAGCUGCACCUGGCACGUACACUGGAAUCAGUGUACAUGUAUAGCAGCGCGCUGCGCUCACACAGGAGCCCUGGGAAAUUGCGCCACUCUGUCUACACACCUGAUCUCAAGUAAGCUAUUGUUGGACAUGGUCAGCUGGACUGGAAGCACCAUCUGUCCACAGUCAGCUGACCGACCCCAUGAUGGAGGCACCCAGAGACCGGAGCCGGCAGGAUCUCCACGUUUGGACACUGGGUUGGAAGACAGGCAGGAUCGCUUGGGGGAGGCUUGACAGGCACCGCUAAGUGAUGGUUGACCUGAGUACAGUUUUUUUGUUGGCAGCGGGUAUUCUACUUAUUCUUCUUUUGUUCAUCACUCUAAACGGUCAACGACGCGGCUUGGCAAAAAUUCUGUUUCACGAAGUCUUUAUCAGAGUCAAAGAUUUCUUCAUGAGUCAGACCAAGGAACAAAGAAUAUUGCAGUAUGUUCUGGAGAACGCAGUGCGCGGUGACCCACAUAGCGUAGUUGAUCAUAUUGAUAAAUACUGCAACCAAAAGGAGUGGGCCAUGAAUGUGGGAGAUCAAAAGGGCCUGAUCCUGGAUGGAAUAGUGAAAGACACAAAUCCGAGUGUGUUGCUUGAGCUGGGCACUUACUGUGGGUACUCAGCUGUCCGGAUAGCCCGGCUACUAAAGCCUGAAGCCCGUUUCUUUACUGUGGAGUUUAACCCAGAAUAUGCUGCUGUUGCCAAACAGAUGAUAGAAUUUGCUGGCCUUAAAGACAAGGUGCAAAUAUUAGAAGGCAGCACACAGGACAUUAUUCCUCAGCUGAAGAAGAAAUAUGAAGUGGACGCACUGGAUUUUGUGUUUGUGGAUCAUUGGAAGGAUAAAUACACUCCAGACACUAAACUUCUAGAAAAGUGCAACCUUCUCAGAAAAGGCUCCGUUAUUCUCGCAGACAAUAUCAUUUGUCCAGGAGUUCCAGAUUUCCUUGAGUAUGUCCGUACAUGUGGGAGAUACGACUGCACACACUACCCUUCAUUUUUGGAGUAUAUGAAUGAAAAGGAUGCUCUGGAAAAAGCUGUAUUCAGGGGAUAGACAGUAUUUGGCCUUUUAACUAGUGAUGAGCGGAUUCGGUUUUACUCUGUUCUCAAAACCGAAUCUUAUUGGCUCACUGAUGUCACGUGUUUUGGAUAGCCAAUAAGAUUCGGUUUUGAGAACCGAGUAAAACCGAGUAAAACCGAAUCCGCUCAUCACUACUUUUAACUUCUGUGAGGACCUUAACCACUUAACUAGCUAAUAUCUUUUCCCAAAAACACAAAUAAUUUUUCUAAUUAUUGUCUUAUUUAAUCAGGUUAAAGUAUUAAGCAGUUCAUUUAUACUUUACUGCCUGGUACAUGCACUCUAGAAUGCCUUUCAUGGCAUUCUGAAGAACAAUUUGGCAGUAUUGUCGCAGUCAGAGACGCUAAAUCACUGUUUUGAGUGCAAGGCCAAAAGUAGGAAAAUAGUUCUGCACAAAUGCAGAACUGAAUUGGCGUGAAAUCACAAGGGACGGAGGGGCAGGGCACUGUCUCAAGGGGUGGGAAAGAUCAGCUCAUUGGGGUCGCAUAACAUGUGACCAUGCCUGGAAACAAUGGAUGUACAAAGAGUCCACAAACCGUCCAGUGGUUUACCGUUUCAUAUUUGUCUUUAUUAUGAAAUAGACAGUUUUCUAAAAUUUGCAAUCAACGUGCUUAGAUUUUGUUAAAUCAAUAAGGUAAUAAUUCAGUAAUUACUUACACUUCAGACAUCAGAUACAUAUUAGAAUUCUAUGUAAAAGUACACACCAUGGAAGGUAUCCUGUUUUAUGGGCUUUAAAAUGGGUCGGUAAACACAAAUUAAUAAACUUGUUAAAUCCUUCAAGCAUGUUCUGAAAUGAGAAGCGUGCAAACAUCUGAUCAUGCAGAAGGCAGGGUUACAUAAAACAAACAGACUUUAUAAAGAAAGUAUGCUCUCAGCAAAUACAUUGCAUAAAAGCGUCUCUAUACAAUGAUUUUAGUAGACUCUCUCCCUGGAUCAGUAUAUCCAGGCUGUUGACUUAUCAUUUGGUGGUUCCAGAUGUUCAGUAUUAAGCUAGGUACACACUAUACAACUAUUGGGUAGAUUUGCCAAUAAUCAUAUGAUCAGCUUGGUUUUUUUUUUUAGCGAAGUGUAUAGGAAUGAGCGUUUUUCCAAACACCGAUUACUGUCCAAAGACGGCCAGAAAUGCUGGGCUUCGAUAAUCAAAUUGGUCAGACUUGCCAGAAAAUAUUGGCAUAAAGGUCCCGAUAUUGUGCUACAGUAUGUGUGGACAUUCUCCAUAAUCUGCCAUUAUUUCCUACAAAUUUUCCUGAUUAACUCAUCCUCAUUGUGGGUGAACAAUCCUUAGAAGCAAUGACAUAGGGCGGUAUCCUAUUAGCCGCGAUAACGUGAUCCGCGUAAAUAAAUUGGGUCAAAUGGCUGUUUUAUAUAUAUAUAUAUAUAUAUAUAUAUAUAUAUAUAUACACACACACACUUAAAUUCGGGGUACAUUAAAAACGGGUAUAAGUACCGUAUUUUUCGGACCAUAAGACGCGCCGGACCAUAAGACGCACCUAGUUUUUAGAGUAAGUAAACUGGAAAAAAAAGAGCCAGCAUACACAGACAGACAGACACACACACACACACACACACACACACACAGAGCCAGCAUACACAUACACAGACACACACACACACAUCAGAGCCAGCAUACACAGACACACACACACACACACACACACACAUAUAUUGUAGACAGUACCAGUGGUUCCCCGCGUCCAGGCUCUCAGCUAACGCUUGCCCCGGGUGCACUCCUGAGGACCAAGGAGGUGUGGGGUAGAUGCCGGGCUCUGCUGCUGGGCUCUGAGAUGCGCCGCGCUCUGCUGAUGACGGCGCAGCAGCAGCAUCCAGGACCCGCCGGUUCCCCCAUGUCCAGGCACUCAGCUAACGCUGCCUGCAGGGAAACUCCUGAGGAGGGAGGAGGUGUGGGGGAGCGGGGGGGGAGUCACAUGAUGCCGGGCUCUGCUGCUGGGCUCUGAGAUGUGCCGCGCUCUGCUGAUGACGGCUCAGCAGCAGCAGCAUCCAGGACCCGCCGCUACACGCGAACUCCAUCUGCAUCUGCUCUUAUUCGCUCCAUAAGACGCACAUACUUUUUCCCCCACAUUUUUGGGGAGAAAAAGUGCGUCUUAUGGUCCGAAAAAUACGGUAUAAUGUGGGUCAUUUUUAGGGGAGUUGGAAAAAAAAGUGCAUGCCUAAAAACACUUGUCCCACUCAUAAAGCACCCCAAUAUACCUGUCACAUACCUUGUACCCCAAUUUUCAUCACUGCAUUUUUUGACCCCAAAAAUUACGUGUCAUUAUUAGCCAUUUAAAUAUAAUUGAAAUCUUCUAAGUGCCUAAUUAGUCAUUCAGGGGUACUGAACCAAAUCCCAACAUGUUUUGCCUUUACAAUAGGGAUUUUGCAGUUCUUAUCACCAGCUCAGAGAUGGUGAAGAAAAAUCUGCGAUAAACUCUAUGGAGACUUAUCGUCGAUAACUUAUCGCCACUAAUAGGAUACCGAAUGAUCACAUUUGCAAUAUUGUAUUGCAAAACUGCAUUAUGGUGGCUAAUAGGAUGCCGCCCACAGGGGCUGAUUCUGAAUUGCCCGCUGAUGCGGCCUGCAGUGCAAUUUGCAGAUGGAGGCAAACUGCUCAUGCGCAGCGGGGCUGCGUGGGCACACACAUUGCGGUCGCAUCCCCGAUGGAUGCAACCACAAUGUGAUUGACAUCGGCAGGUGUUCGCGCAGUGGCGCGGCAUUGGGGGGGGGGGGAGAGGUGGGUCAAACGAGGGCGGGCCAGGAUCAUUUUUGGGGCUUCGAUUAAAAAAUUGGUGGCUGACAGCGCAGCCAGGCUGCACUGUCAGGGGUCAACCUUAGUUCCAAUGUGUCCGCAAUCUAAUUGCGGCUGCGUCGGGAGGCGGCCUCAUACAUGCAGGGCGGCCUUGCCCUGUGGUGGGCGGCCCCUAGCAUGUCUGAAUGAGCUCCUUAGUGUGUUGCCAGCUUUAGCACUAAAUGAGAGACACGGCACUUUAUGGUUAGCUCUUGUUCUGCAAUAUUGUGGGAUGUCUGUGUAAACAAAUUGUUUUUACUAACAAUUUAUAGCAACUUUUUUUUUGUUCAGUUUGACUUUGUAAUACUAUACAUGUCUGCAUGUGUGCAAAUUGUUGUAUUAUUAACAUACUUCUCAUCCUGAGAUUUCAGCAGUAACCAAGGCAAGGAUUAGCACCACAGUACUUUAUAGCACCUGUGGGAUGGGACUAAUCCUGAAAGGAAUUUACAGAUUCAAUAAGGUUUGCUAAAAGACUCCCUCGCUGUUAAUUAUUUGUUAUGUUAAUAUCAUCUGAAUUAAGCCAGUGUAAUACACUGCCAAAAUAUCCACAGGAGAAGUUUACGUGAUUACUAAUAUAUUAUGCUAUAGGCUAUAUUGAGUAAUAUGUAAAUAAUCAAAUUGUAUGAAAUAAUGUAUCAUUUAAUUUAAUCUGUUUUAUCAGUGAACAGAAUAAAACUGGAAACUCUAUCUGUAUUAAAAGAAGUACAGGUUCUUAUUCCAAAAGAAGGUUUUCAAGAUCAUCUAACAUUCUCUAUGUACCCCGUCUGUGUCACCCCUGUCUGUCUGCCCGUCCCCUUUAGAAUGUAAGCUCUCACAAGUACGGCCCUCUUCCCUCAUGUGCUUAUCCUUUUCUUACUGUACUUUAAUAAUCUUCAACUGCAUCAACUCCAGCAGUCUUCUGCCACCUGAUGCUUAUUACAGUGUCAUCUGCUGAUGUAACUGUUUAUUUACCCUGUACUUGUCCUGUAUUGUCUUCAACUGUAAGUUGCUUGUUUCCUGUUUUGAUUAUUUGUUUAUGUACUCUGUAAUUGGGCGCUGCGGAACCCUUGUGACGCCAUAUAAAUAAAGGAUAAUAAUAAUAAGGAAAGUAACUCGGUCAUGUCCAUCUCUCCACAUUCUGUAGUGAUUGAUUGAUCCGUGGUCUAUUAUGCUUGUUUCAUUCUUUCAUUUGUGAAAAUGUUUUAUUGGUUUUUAAAGGAACUUCCAGAUGUAUUUUACAUUCUUUGUUUACUUCAAUUUCAAAAAGCUCUGAAAUAAAUUUUGCAUGACUCGAAUAAAAA